UCUGUCAGUCCGGCGCUCCUGUAAGGACGGGGGUCAAAGUAUCAGGGACAGACGUCUUGGUCCAACAGAGCAGCAAGAAAAUUGCAAACGGAUAGAUAAAGGCUUUCAAGCCAGGCCUGUUUCACUCCUGAAGAUCCUUCAGCCCUAGUAGGAUGGAGGACGCCCACGCCAAGACCCCCGCAGAAGUCAUCGCCUUCUUCGGGGUCAACGAGAACACUGGGCUCUCACCCGACCAGUUCAAGAAGAACUUGGCCAAGUACGGCCACAAUGAGCUGCCAGCUGAGGAGGGAAAAUCCAUCUGGGAGCUGGUGAUGGAGCAGUUUGAAGAUCUGCUCGUCCGAAUCCUGCUGCUCGCCGCCUGCAUCUCUUUUGUGCUGGCUUGGUUUGAGGAAGGUGAGGAGACAGUCACAGCCUUCGUCGAGCCCUUCGUCAUUCUGCUUAUUCUUAUCGCCAAUGCUGUUGUGGGUGUGUGGCAGGAGCGUAACGCUGAGAGCGCCAUCGAGGCUCUUAAGGAGUACGAGCCUGAGAUGGGCAAAGUCUACCGAGCUGACAGAAAGAGCGUGCAGAGGAUCAAGGCCAGAGAGAUCGUCCCUGGUGACAUUGUGGAAGUGUCCGUUGGUGACAAAGUCCCUGCUGACAUCAGAAUCACCGCCAUCCGUUCCACCACUCUGCGUGUCGAUCAGUCUAUUCUCACCGGUGAGUCCGUCAGUGUGAUCAAGCACACCGAGUCCGUCCCCGACCUCAGAGCCGUCAACCAGGACAAGAAGAACAUGCUUUUCUCUGGAACCAACAUUGCUGCUGGUAAGGCCAUCGGCGUUUGCAUUGCCACCGGCGUCUCCACUGAGAUCGGUAAGAUCCGUGACCAGAUGGCCGCCACCGAGCAGGAGAAGACCCCACUGCAGCAGAAGCUGGAUGAGUUCGGUGAGCAGCUCUCUAAAGUCAUCUCCCUGAUCUGCGUCGCCGUCUGGAUGAUCAACAUCGGCCACUUCAACGACCCCGUCCACGGCGGCUCAUGGAUCCGCGGUGCCGUCUAUUACUUCAAGAUCGCCGUCGCCCUGGCUGUGGCCGCCAUCCCUGAGGGUCUGCCCGCCGUCAUCACUACCUGUCUGGCUCUUGGUACUCGCCGUAUGGCCAAGAAGAACGCCAUCGUCCGUUCUCUGCCCUCUGUGGAGACUCUGGGCUGCACCUCCGUCAUCUGCUCUGACAAAACCGGCACCCUCACCACCAACCAGAUGUGUGUUACCAAGAUGUUCAUUAUUGAUAGAGUGGAGGGUGAUCAUGUGACCCUGGACAGCUUUGAUAUCUCUGGCUCUAAAUACACCCCUGAGGGCGAGGUUACUAAGGGUGGUUCUAGGACGGACUGCAGUCAGUACGAUGGUCUGGUUGAGUUGGCCACUAUCUGCGCCCUGUGUAACGACUCCUCUCUGGACUACAACGAAUCUAAGAAGAUCUAUGAGAAGGUUGGUGAGGCCACUGAAACCGCCCUGUGCUGCCUGGUGGAGAAGAUGAACGUGUUCAAGUCCAGCGUUGGCAACCUCUCCUGCGUUGAGAGAGCUAACGCCUGCUGCAGUGUUGUAAAGCAGCUGAUGAAGAAGAACUUCACCCUUGAGUUCUCCCGUGACAGGAAGUCCAUGUCUGUGUACUGCACCCCCACCAAGGGAGACAGUGGCCCCAAGAUGUUCGUGAAGGGUGCCCCAGAAGGUGUGAUCGACAGGUGCGCCUAUGUGCGUGUUGGUGCCACCCGUGUGCCCCUGACUGGCCCCAUUAAGGAGAAGAUCAUGACCAUCAUUAAGGAGUGGGGUACCGGCCGUGACACCCUGCGUUGCCUGGCUCUGGCCACCCGUGACACCCCACUGAAGGUCGAGGAGAUGAAGCUUGAUGACGCCACCAGAUUUGUUGAAUAUGAAACUGACAUGACCUUCGUUGGCUGCGUUGGUAUGCUGGAUCCCCCCCGUAAAGAAGUCGCUGGCUCCAUCCAGCUCUGCAGAGACGCUGGCAUCCGUGUCAUCAUGAUCACCGGUGACAACAAGGGUACCGCUGUGGCUAUCUGCCGUCGUAUCGGCAUCUUCAGUGAGGAUGAGGACGUGACUGGUAGAGCUUACACCGGCCGCGAGUUUGAUGACCUGCCCCGCACUGAACAGAGUGAAGCCGUCACCCGUGCCUGCUGCUUCGCCCGUGUCGAGCCUUCCCACAAAUCUAAGAUUGUUGAGUUCCUGCAGGGCUAUGAUGAGAUUACUGCCAUGACCGGUGAUGGUGUGAACGAUGCCCCCGCUUUGAAGAAAGCGGAGAUUGGUAUUGCCAUGGGCUCUGGCACUGCCGUUGCCAAGUCAGCCUCUGAGAUGGUCCUGGCCGACGACAACUUCUCCUCCAUUGUGGCCGCUGUUGAGGAAGGCAGAGCAAUCUACAACAACAUGAAGCAGUUCAUCCGCUACCUGAUCUCCUCCAACGUUGGAGAGGUCGUCUGUAUUUUCCUGACCGCUGCUCUCGGCCUCCCCGAGGCUCUGAUCCCAGUGCAGCUGCUGUGGGUGAACCUGGUCACUGAUGGUCUGCCCGCCACCGCCUUGGGUUUCAACCCCCCUGAUCUUGACAUCAUGGGCAAGGCACCCCGUUCCCCCAAGGAGCCCCUUAUCUCUGGCUGGCUGUUCUUCAGAUACCUGGCCAUUGGUGGAUACGUCGGUGCUGCCACCGUUGGCGCUGCCGCUCACUGGUUCCUGUACGAUGACGAGGGUCCAAAAGUUACCUACUACCAGCUGUCCCACUUCAUGCAGUGCCACGAUGAAAACGAAGACUUCGCUGGCAUCGAAUGCGAGGUGUUUGAGGCUGCUCCUCCCAUGACCAUGGCCCUGUCUGUGCUGGUCACCAUCGAGAUGUGCAACGCCCUCAACAGCUUGUCUGAGAACCAGUCUCUGGUGCGUAUGCCACCAUGGAGCAACAUCUGGCUGUUGUCCGCCAUGACCCUCUCCAUGUCCCUGCACUUCAUGAUCAUCUACGUGGACCCCCUGCCCAUGGUCUUUAAGCUGACCCACUUGAACUUUGAUCAGUGGAUGGUGGUGUUGAAGCUUUCCUUCCCUGUCAUCCUUAUUGAUGAGGUGUUGAAGUUCGUUGCCCGCAACUACCUGGAGAGAAGGUGUUAAAUAUUGUCUGUGGAGUGAAAGAAGCGAGCGAAGGGGACGACUUGACAUAAGUUGAGAGAUCACAUCGAGGCAGAGUCAAGCCCUUAUGAGUCCAUCCACCGACGGGAGAAAGGACGAAACAGGAAAAUCUCUUUUAAAAAAAUCUAUAAAAACUGACGGAAAAUCUAUUAAAAAUGUUUAUGGGAAGUAAUAAAAUUAAUAUAUAGGUAAAAUUAGUGUUCGAAUGCUGAGUCAUUUUAUUCUUAAAGCUAUUAAUAAAAGUUACAUUUUUUGUUAAACUUGUA